UUCCUCAAAAUUCAACAGAACAGCUUUAUUUAUACUCAGAGGUGAAGGGAGUAGACCAAGGUGAAAAGGGGCAUUUUCACUGUUAACAAACUUGGCGAUGUGUUUGUCCACAAGACCCUGGACCGUGAAAAAAAAGGCUAUGUAUAAUCUCAAUGUUUUAGCCAUGAAUGAAAUGACUAGAAUUUGCUGGAGCCUGAAACAUCAUUUCAAGUUAAAGUGAUGGACAUCAAUGACAAUGAGCCCAAAUUUGAACCAUAAUGGAGUACAAUGUGUCUUUUUUUGAGGGUCCAUAUACAGAAGCCAAGGUAUUAACUGUACACGCUGCUGACCCAGAUGAUCCUACAAUAUUUGGUCACGCAGAAGUUGAGUACAAAAUCUUUGCUCCAAAAGGUUUCUAUAUAGUAGAAACUACGGGAGACAUUAAAUUUUUGGGAACUCUGGACAGAGAAACAAAUCAGACCUAUAAAUUCAUUGUUCAAGCCAAAGACAUGCCCAAGCACUCUAACACUGGCUUUACCAGCACAGCAACUGUGAUUAUUAAUUUGAAAGACAUAAAUGAUAACAAAGCAAAAUUUACACAAAGCACAUAUACUUUUAACGUAUCAGAAUCUACAGCUCCAGGAGUUAACAUCGGAGCAUUAUUGAUUACAGAUAAAGAUGAACCUCAGAAUACAAAUCCACAAUUCAAUCCAACUAAUUUGGCUGGGGUGUUUGAAAUUGUGGAGGAUGAAGACUUAAAAAAUGGGAAAAUCAUUUUACGAAAGGAGCUGGAUUAUGAAACUCGUUCCAGUUACUCUUUUCAAAUUGAAGUGACAGAAACUAUUGUUUUUCCUGAUAAAGAUGAUGGAGUUGGUUUCUCCAAAGCAACUGUUUUUAUAAAUAUCCUAGAUGAAGAUGAACCUCCUGUGUUUUCAUUAAAGGAAUAUCAUUUUGCAAUAAUGGAAAAUGUUGAUAAGGGCAAUAUUGGCAAAGUCAAUGCAAUUGAUCCUGAUACUGCUAAGAACCAAAUAAGGUAUUCUAUUAAAGAAGACUCAGUAGACUCACUUGGCAUUGACAGCAAUAAAGGAAUCAUUUCAAUCAGGAAAUUGCUUGACAGAGAAACAAAAGCCUGGCACAAUUUCACCAUAAAAGCUACAGAAAUCAAUAAGGACGGAACACAAGGGAAGGAAUCAUUUGCUUCUGUGCACUUGAAGAUUCUUGACGAAAAUGAUAAUCCACCUGAGUUGAAUGGUACCACACAUCUGGUGGUCUGUGAAGACUCCCAACCUGAAACGGUUGUAGCAACACUGUCUGUGACUGACAAGGAUGAAAUGACUUUGGAUACGAGGUUCACUUUCCACUUAAAAGAAGAAAAUAGCAACUUUACUUUAGUCUCAAAUUUAGACAACACGGCUAACAUUAUAGCAAAAUAUGGUGGCUUCAGAGUAAAUGAAGACGACAUCCUGACUCUCAUUAUUUCAGACAAUGGCAAUCCUCCAAAGAGCAGUACUACAACUUUGACCAUUCAUGUCUGCCCUUGUAUUGAUGGGGAUCGGAUGUGUGAAGUAGCCUCUGCACAAAUGGGAGUCAGUGUUCAAGCUCUUUUGGCAAUACUAUUUUGCCUUCUUACGAUUUUAAUUAUCACUCUGUUGUUUCUCCUGAGAAGAAAGUUAAAAAAAGAACCACUGGGAUCUUUGGGAAAAGGCGUAGGAGAAAUUCAUGAGCAGCUUGUGUCCUAUGAUGAAGAAGGUGGAGGUGAGAUGGAUACCAACGGCUAUGAUGUCUCCGUGCUCAGUUCCGCUUGGCAAACUGGAAUAAGGCCUAGACCAGAGUCCCAAACUGGACCAUGUUUGUAUGCCACAGUUCAAAAACCUGCAAUAAAGCAGAACAUGGCGAUUAUGAUUGAGGUGAAGAAGGACGAAGCCGAUCAUGAUAAGGAUGGAAUACCUUAUGACACUCUUCACAUUUACGGCUAUGAGGGACAAGAUUCCCUGGCAGGGAGUCUCAGUUCUAUAAAUUCAUCUUCAUGUGACUCCGACCUUGAUUAUGAUUUUAUAAAUGAAUGGGGACCACGCUUUAAAACUUUAGCUGAACUGUAUGGAGUUGAUGAACAUGAUGACGCCUCCAUGUACUAAACCUCCAGUACACUGACAAUCAACUGUAUUAUGUAUUGCUUUUUACUUUAUAGUAGACGGUGCUAAUGUCAGGGUUUUUAUCAUGAUAACAUGUUUUGCAUGUAAUCAUGGCCAAAUCAAAAGAUUUUUUUUACUUUUAUAAGUAAACUGAUUUUAUUUUUCAGUAUUUUGUUGCAGAUAGUACAAGUGCUGGGCACCAUUUAGUUACUAACUUUAAUAAGUAAUGAUUGGGUUUUCUGUGCAGAAAUAUUUUCAGAAUGAACAAAGAUGCAUUUUAGAUGAAAUACUGUAUAUAUUUUCCAACACUUUUGUAAAAUUUAGACCACCCAAGAAUGCUAUUCAUUAAAAAAGUAUUUAUUCCUACGAAAAAUCAAAACAUGAUACAUAUGAUUUCACAUUUAAACUGUCAGUGUCUGAGUUUGAUUUUGCUGAUAAGCACAGAAAAGAUCUUUCACUUGGUGUAGUCAAGUGGUCCGUUGUCAGAGUAUAAACAGGAUGUGCAUGCUCUUUAGCUUGUUUUCACAGUUCUUUACUUAUGUUUUAAAAUAUGACAUGCUGGGAUAUACAAAUAAAUCAGCAUUACUCCCCGCGCCCCCCCAAAAAAAACUAUACAAUGAAUCACAUUAUAUGGCAGGAAAUAUGUCAGCAGCUUCUGCAGGUCUUUAACAAUAAUUCUGGUUGGCUUGGCAGCUUAACAGUGCCAAAUCCAUUGAGGGGUAGUUGUAGUGAAAAAAAGUCCUGCACUCCCAUAGCUUCAACAUCCAGUCAUAACAAAAUGAUUUUCAAAGAAUUCCGGAAGCAUUUAACAGAUUUACAGAGGAAAUCGUGCUGUACAAGUUUAACCUUUAGACCAGUUUGUCAGCAUUCAAGUUAUGCUCUCCUGACAGACGUUCUUUUGUUUUAAAGAUUUUUUAAGCUUUUCAGGUUUAAGCACAGAUCCUGUCUUUAAAUGGCCAUGAUACCUGGGAUUUUGCAGUCUAAAAUACAUUAGAAACACACUGCCCUUCAUCUUCUUAGAGCAGAGGUAUCUGGAAAAGUACUUAGCAGUUUCUGAUUGCUGACUGGGGAGACCUAUUGUUUAACUUUUCCCCCCUUGUCUCUUUAGAACUCCAGGACUCAGUACUUAAUCUAUGCAAGGAUCCUUAGUAUUCAUAUCCUGCAUUCCUUUGUUUUUGAGGAAGUAAUUCCUGUACUGCCCCUGCAAAUAUGUUCAUUUUUCUAUAGUACAUUGUUAAGUAUGCCUGUCAGCUGAAUAACUCGUUUUAAAAGAAACUAAAACAAAGAUUAAUUCCAACAGUAGCCUUUGAAUCAGUGCCUAACAAAAUAAUGCAAUGAACAAAUUACACAGAUCCAUUCAUAAAUGAAGCCAAUCCUGAAACAACUUAAGUGUUGUUUAAUUUUAUUUUAAUGGCAGCCUACUCAAUGUUUGUGUGCAUGUGUGUGUAUGUGAGACUUUUUUACAGCUCAGGAAGCAUGAAGUUUUUAUUUUAUUAGCCUCUCUAGUGGUCUUACACAAAAAUUGAUCAAUUACUUGAGCAAUAUGAUCAAUGUAUCAUAAUAAAAAUAGACUGAUAUUAAAUCUGGGAGGUUUUUCUUUUUUAUUUUGUAUUUUGGUGAAGACAUGAACUGUAUGUUCAAUGAGGAUUUUUAAAAUGUAGAGUGAGUGAAGUUAAAUUGGAAUGGAAUUUUAGUGUCUUAUGUGUUUGAUGAAAUUUCAUAUAAAAUAACUGUACUAUUUUUCUACUAACAAUAAGAUUGUAAGAACUGAUUAAUUUAAUUUUUUUUCUUUUCAUGUCAAUUUAAUGCAUAUGAUGUUUUUUCUUUUUUUAAUAAAAUUAGAUAUAUAAUUAAAGCAAAGGUCAAUUUAUUCUUUCUGAAGUAAGUUGGUUAAAAAGUGGAUGGAGUGAUGUGUUUAGAUACAUUUCCAUAAUUAUUAGCUAGAUAACCAUAAUAGCUUCAGCAGAUGUCACUAUUGAGCUGCCAUUUGGGCAGUACAGUGUGCUGUACAGUAUACCUGCACUCAACUGUUUGAAAUGUAGGUAUACAACAUGUAUUUAAAGUCCCUGUACAUUGAUAUUGGUAAGCCUUUUUAUAUUCAAUAUUAUUAACAAUUAAAAGAUUUUAGCUUU